UAUUAGUUGUCUUCUACCAGUCCGUGGAAUGGAUUGCAGUAGAAUCGAGCAACACAUCUUUGCUAGGCUGACUCCUUGUGAAGUGUGAACAUGUCUUUGAAUCGGCUAUUACUUCGAACGGCAACAGUCACCAGGACUGUUACUAGAUCUGCCUUCACCUCCUCGAAACGGGACACAGCAAGUCCUAACUGGCUUCGUGUGGGAGGUGCAUUCGCAACCUCUGGCAUCCUGUGGGGCUUGCUUCUCAGUCAGCACAGCAUUGGUGUGCAGGAGUACAAAGCCAGCCAGGGAAUUGAAUGACAUGUCCUAUAAACCACAUUCUGUGGGAACACCUGGUUGAUUUAAAUGCUCCAUGCUUUUGGUGGACUCCUGAAUGACCCUACCCCUUAACUGUAUAUUCCAAUGGUGUUAAAAUAUGAAUGACUGUCAAUUAAAUUGUAUAAUAAAGACAUCUAUGUGUUAAUAUCCA